GGGAUUGGGAGUUUGGCUGGAGAGCUACGCCAAAGGCAGGUGCCAGCUGAGAGUGGGCGGAGGUACCGGCGCCAGGCCAGGCAGGAGGGGGGUGGCCAGGCGUUACCUCUGCCUCUAGGAGUUCAGGCGCAGAGACAAGCUCGCCCCGGGGCGCCCCUUCUUCGUCAACUCUCCAUUCCCUCCCCUCCUGCCAGCCCGGACCAGGGGAGUCCCUGUCGCCUGCAGGAGGAGCCGCUGCAGGAGGAGCGACAGCAUCCUUGGGAGAGAUACCCGGGGCUACUACGCAGCCUCCUCCUAGGGGAGAGAGCUCCCCUGCACUCCUUCUCGUGAUCACCCCUACCCGGCCACCGGCUACCAGAGCCACCACCCGUGUCUCGGGGACCUCCACCUGCGCGGGUCCCAGGCGAGGGGAACACAGAGCACAGAAGGCUCGAGAAGCGGGUAUUCAACCCCAACCCCCCGGUUUCCACUGGGUGAGAAAAGGUGACGUUGUCAACAUUGUGAGCUUCCUGCACGCGGUCCCCAAAUUCAGGGGCGACACCUUUCCAGAAGGAGCUAAUCCCCGGCAGUGAACAUUCCAGCUCCUUCGGGACUCCUGGAGCUUCUUCCGUCUGCACCCUAAGUGUUUCCCGGGUCUCUGCUUGGGCCAUGCCCGGGCUGCGCAGGGACCGCCUGCUGGCCCUGCUGCUCCUGGGCGCGCUCUUCUCCGCCGACCUCUACUUCCACCUCUGGCCGCGAGUGCAGCGCCAGCUACGGCCCCGCGAGAACCCCGCAGGGUGCCCGUGCUCCGGCCGCGCCCCCUCCGCGUCUCUGCACUCGGCCGCAGCCUCCCGGGAUCCUGGCACCGCGGCGCACAACUUUUCCCAAGCCCGGCCCGGGGCUGAGCAUCCCAGCCGCGGUCACCCUAGCCCGCGCUCCAAGCUGCAGGCCCUCUUCGCCCACUCGCUUUACCAAAUCCCGGAGGAGCCACCUCUCCUGGGGCCCGAAGACUGGCUCCUGGCCAGCCAGGAGGCGCUACGGUAUUACCGGAGGAAGGUGGCCCGCUGGAACAGGCGGCACAAGAUAUACAAAGAACAAUUCAACCUCACCUCCUUGGAUCCCCCGCUGCAGUUCCGGCCAGAGGCCAGCUGGGUGCAGUUCCACUUGGGGAUCAACAGCCACGGCCUAUACUCUAGGUCCAGCCCUGUCGUCAACAAGCUCCUCCAUGACAUGAGAUACUUCCCUACCAUCAGCGCUGAUUACAGCCAGGAUGAAAAGGCCUUGCUGGGGGCCUGUGACUGCUCACAGAUUGUGAAACCCAGUGGGGUCCACCUGAAGCUGGUUCUGAGGUUCUCGGACUUCGGGAAAGCCAUGUUCAAACCCAUGAGACAGCAACGAGAGGAGGAGACGCCCGAGAACUUCUUCUAUUUCAUAGACUUUCAGAGACACAACGCUGAGGUCGCAGCUUUCCACCUGGACAGGAUUCUGGACUUCCGACGGGUGCCGCCAACAGUGGGGAGGCUAGUGAAUGUCACCAAGGAGAUCCUAGAGGUCACCAAGAACGAAAUCCUGCAGAGUGUUUUCUUUGUCUCUCCAGCUAACAACGUGUGCUUCUUUGCCAAGUGUCCGUACAUGUGCAAGACUGAGUACGCGGUCUGCGGCAACCCACACCUGCUGGAGGGAUCCCUCUCUGCCUUCCUGCCGUCCCUCAACCUGGCCCCCAGGCUGUCUGUGCCCAACCCCUGGAUACGCUCUUACUCACUGUCGGGAAAAGAGGAGUGGGAGCUCAACCCCCUCUACUGCGACACAGUAAAGCAGAUCUACCCAUACAAUAGCAGCAACAGGCUCCUCGGCAUCAUCGACAUGGCCAUCUUCGACUUCCUGAUUGGAAACAUGGACCGCCACCAUUAUGAGAUGUUCACCAAGUUUGGGGAUGACGGGUACCUUAUUCAUCUUGAUAAUGCCAGAGGGUUUGGACGACAUUCCCAGGAUGAAAUCUCCAUCCUCGCCCCUCUCUCACAGUGUUGCAUGAUAAAAAAGAAAACACUUCUGCACCUUCAGCUGCUGGCUCAGGCUGACUACAGACUCAGUGACGUGAUGCGGGAGUCACUCCUACAAGACCAGCUUGCCCCUGUCCUCACGGAACCCCACCUCCUGGCCCUGGACCGCAGACUCCAAAUCAUCCUGAAGACAGUAGAGGACUGCAUAGAGGCCCACGGGGAACAGAGGGUCGUAGCUGAUGGCCGAAUACAGCAGUCAGCCCCAGACUCUGGCCAGGCUAAUCUGACAAGCUAACGGCUAGCUAUAAGGGUGAAACCUCAGGACAUACAAUUGGAGCCAGUGACCGGUGAUGGUGUGUGGGCCCCUGCUGCCCCAGUCCACCCUGGGGUGCUGCAGCAGGCCAAGUCAUGAGCUCAGGGAGGAGGCAGGAAUGCUUUGAAAGAGCAAGUGGGAUCCACCAAGCCUUAUCUUUACCCUUGGAUGGAGGUCACUGCUUUUACAGUGCACUGGCUGGGGCUCCAUCUUCCUAGCAAGGUCUGGCUCCGUCAAGGCUGUGGACUGUCUUCUGAGCACACUGUGAAACCCAGAGCUGGGCCAGGCUUGGAAGGUGUGGAGGCCCUGUUCUCGGGAAGUUUUUACUCUGCCAUGUCAAAUAAAGGGACAUCAAAUGGACAAGUGGCUUCCUCCAAGUCCUUACUGUAUAUGCAGGUACAGUAUACUAUUGCCUGUUCCACACUUAAAAAAACUCACCUCCCAAACAGACCUAAAACCUAUACAUCUCAAGUUGAUGCAAAAAUAAAAAUCACCCUUUCCACCGACAUUCCAGUCCCUAACACUAUUUAAAUACAAUAAUCCCCACCAAGUCACUCUCCAGUAACUUCUUGGAAAUACUAACCGAAGGUAAAUUUGCUCAGAAAAGGGGCACUUCGGUCUGAAGAGUACCGGCAACUGAGGAGCUGUGUGCCUCACAACCGGCCGAGUGCUUGCUUAGCAGAUGCAGAGCCCUGGGUUGGACCCUCCCAUCCCCCCAGCAUCACAUAAAACCGGGCAGGCUGGCAAAGCUCACAAUGCCAGCACUCAGGAGGACCAGAAAUUCAGACAUCCUCAGCUACACAGUGAGUUCAAGGCUAGCCUAGGCUGAGUGAGAAAAUAACACGGUUAAGUCAAAACUGACGGUCAACACCCAGGGGAAACUGGCAGCAAGUUCGGAUCACGUGGGUGAAGAGCCGAGUAAAAAUAAGUGGCUUCAGCGGGUCACUUUAUCUUCUGAUAAAGGCCAGAGGAUCAAAAAGAAUGAGGGAAGAAGAGGCAGCCCAGAGAGCAGCAAAGUCAAGAACUAGAAAUGGUCAGACUUCUACGUAUGUCCAAAGACAGACAGGACAAACGACAAGGGUGCCACUGCUUUGGUCUUCUGACUUGAGGGCUCGUGUAGUCCUGACUUGCCGGAAUUCUUCAUCUUCCCCUCUCCCAAGUGCCUGGGUGACAGGCAUGAGUCACCGCGUUUGUCUUGCAGUGGAUGGUUCUGACUCAUUCCAGCACCCCACAUUACGGGUGCACAAUCCCUAAAUCCAGUUUGCUCAAUAACCUUGCCUCUGUUCGCCCUGAAGUCUUGCCAUGCCCCAGACACUUUACCAGCCUGAAAAUUGACACACGGGUUUGCAACCCUCCUGAACGUGCACAACUCCCUGCCUCCAAUGUGCAAGGAAGAGAACUAAGGCUCCCAAAAGAUUAAAAUCAUAUCAUUUUGUGGUUUUGGAAAGUUUGUGAAGUUAAAUUUGUUAGCUGUAAAGAAAAAUUAUACUGGGCAUUGUGACUCAUGCGAGCAAAUCCUAGCCCUUGAGGGACUGAGACAAAAGUGUAAAGUUGAGAAAGCUGGUCUGGGCUACGGAAAGAAAAAAAGGCAAAACCCAGCUCUAACAGAGAACACGUGGUGCUGAAGACUCUCCCAUCCAGGGAGGCCCCUUCAUGAGGCACCGCUUCCAAUCAUCAGCGCUUCUGCUCUCCCCACGGGGAAGCACUAGGGAGUCACUGAAGAAUGGGGGGGGGGGGUCCCUUAUGUUCAAAGAAGGGCUGAGACUUUCCACCAGUCUCAGGUGAGCUGCAGCCCAUCUCCAACGCACCCUCCCUUGACAUAGACUAGUUUUCUGAACAUUCUAGAAAAUUUCUGCUCUACUUUUCAAAACCCAAGUAACUGAAUUUGAUCAUAAUCUGUUAAAUAAUGCUGAAUAACUACAUAGACUUUUACUUUUAAAAUUCAAUCUAACAACAACAAAAAGAAAAAAAAAACCCUUAAGACCAGCAUUUUUCAAACAUGCCAGAAAACAAAAGCAUUCCAUUCUCAGAGGUAUCAAGUUCUUACUGCUUGCUCAUGCCCAAUCACUGCUCAAUUUCCCACAAAAAAGUAUUCUGGGUCUGCGUGGGAACUUUCCACGUUACUACUGACAAGCAAAUGAAACAGACGAAGGCGGUGUGUUGUAUGAACUGGUAGAAACCAGUCUGGAGGGAUAUGCCCCAGCAUUCUCAAAAACCAGGUAAUUUAGACCUCAAGAUAAACCAACUCUCUCGUGUGCAGCAGUUCAGUCCUAGGAAACCCCUGGCCGCUGAACCGGCAGAUUAUUACUGUCCCUAGGAGAAAUGCCAAGUUCGGCUCCGAGGACUCUCCAGUCAAAUUCGCCAGCUCAGUACUUACAGAAUCUCACCUUGUGUGGUCAAGAUGCAUCCAUCGGUUUACACUGUUGGUCCUUUAACACUGCAUCUGCCUACUCUAUACUUUCACAGGAAGCUACGGUUUCUCACCCUCGGGAACAUGAGCCAACACAUGAGCACUAUCCUUAGGGACCUUUUAAAUAGUGGUAAGUGUGAAAACACACCAAAAAUGACACAUUCACGAUGGACUGCUAAAAUGAGGCUGCAGAUCCUUUAGGGCUGGGUAGGAGAGCAUGCACUCGAGAAGCCUGUUUUCACUGCUCAGCUCACGCUGCAGGCGGUAUAGUGCCCAGGUCACACUUAAAUCUCGAGUCCUCCAAGAAUGCUGCUGCUGGUGUAGUGAUCUCAGGCUCACAUUAAAAUGUACCAAGCAGGCAAACCUGCAAACACGGAAGCCGCAGACCAAGGACCGGCUGCAACUCAUAGGGAUUGACAAAAAAUAAAGAAAAAGCUCUCCAUCUAGUGGCGACUUUUUACAACCACAAAGCUAGUCAAUCUAGUUCUUACACAAAGAAAAUGAACCACGGAUGGUUUUAGUUACAGGGAGUCACAAUGAAGUCACAGCUCUGGUUAUGCCAAGAAACAAAUUUUAGCUGUGUAUGUAUACAAAAAUGGUGAUUCCUAUGAAAAUACCCCAAAAUGUAAGAAGGGAGAAAGAUACUUGGGGUUCACCAUGACAGACAUGCUGGAGGGUCAGCCAGCGUUCCUAACACUGCCAGGGCUUAGGGUCCAACCACUUGUGGCUGGAGAUAAAGUGAUACAAGGAACAGAACAGAACCCCACUGACGCUGUGCUACUUCAGUUUUAAAAUGUCCAGGCAAUGGCUAUACAGAAGGAUUAGAUGAUGCUGAGGACCGUUCAGCUGGUGGAAGGGAAUUCUGAACCUGUUCAAGGUACACCUUACAAAGCAGAACUCGGACACUGAUGCUGGCUUCCCGGCACGUGCAGAUAGAUCCCAGGUGCCCAUACCCUGAGUAACUCAUUAGCUCACUCCUCAAACCUGAGGAGUAAACAUCAGAAACCAGGCUUGCUAUGUGCAAGACAAACACAUCUCUAAGUAGCUAAAGGGCAGAUCUCACUAACCAAAGGUCUGCUGCUGUAGAAACCAAGUUUCUCAGCAAGUCUGUAAUUCACAAGGCACACAGAUCUGUCCUGGAAAAAGGAAACUGUGACUUUGGACAGAAUCUUCCUUUCACAGCUUGCUGGUGAAUCUGUCAUGUACCCAUGAACCCAGCAAGGUUUUGAGGUCCACCCUUUGACAAACUGAAUUGGAAUGUAUUUUAAAAAAUAAAUACUUUUACCAAACCAUUAAUCCCAAAAUUCAUGUUCAUUCUUGCCCACUGAACUUCUCAGGAGGAGCAGAGGGAAAAUAAGAAAAAAAAGAAAAACUGAUUCAUUUAAGAAUUUAAAUUAUUUAAUCUUUUUUAUUCCGUUACCUACCAUUGAGACAGUCUGUAACAAAAGAACAGCGUAUAUUAGAUUAGCACACAGUAUAUAUCAGACUAGUAUCCAAAAAAAAAAAAAGCCACUGUCCCUUUGGCUAGCUCCGCUUUCUCAGCAGAUCCAAAGUCACUCAUCCAUCCAGAGAUAAUGGUGCCUACAGUCCACAAAGACAGUCUGCCAACCAUGACUGCUGACUGAUAUUUAAAUUGCACAAAGAUAAAGCUUUAAAUGUGUUAACUUUUAAAUUUAGACUUAUCUUGAAAAGUCUUAAGGGUGAAAACUACAAAGGGAGUAACCGGCAAGCUAGCAUUUGAGUAGAACUCUCUAGAAAGCAGGUGUGUAUCUCUGUAUACAAGAACAAAGAGGAUAUAUACACAUGAAAAUGCAUUUUAUGGCAUUCUACAUCAUUCAUUUAAGUACAUUUUGGCAUUUAAACAAAUAUCAAAUUAAGCUUUAAUCUAAUAACAUAAUGAUUUUUAUUUUUAAAUAUAAAAAAGAUAGCCAAACACAAAAGUACAGAAAACCCUCAUUUAAUAUAGGUUAUGGAAAUUUUAGAAACAGCAACAAGGUAGCUUUUUACCCCACACUAAAACCUAAAUCAAACUUCUUUCCCAAGUCAGUGACAACCUAAAAGCCUUUCACGCUAUCAAGGAAAAAAGAAAUGAACCAAUUAAGUUAACUGGGAACGGGUAGGAGGGGCUUACUGAACAGAAGCACUUGCACGCACACGGAAAAUGCUUGUAGUCACUCCCAUACAGAACCCGACAUUGCACAUAAAUCACAACGUGCCUAGUAAUGAACUGUGAAAUUUUGUUUAAAAAAUAACAGUAAUAAAAAUAAACUGUUGGGUUAUCAUUGGAAUAAUGUAACACAUAAGGCUGGAAAAUACUGAAAUACAGUGAAGACUCAAACACAAGUUUACUUUUAAAAAAAUGCACAAAGACACAUACAAACAAAAAUCAAUAAAGUUCACCAGAGAAAUUCAAGGUUAGACAGGAAAAGGCAGGACCCUCGACAGGAUGGUCUGAGCCAUCCUACCCACCCUCAUUAACAUAAACUGGGGAGAGAGACUACCUCAAGAACAAAGUUUCCUGUCUCUGGACACCUGACCCCACCCACCUUCAGCAACACUGCCUCCAUUUCUUUAUCUGGGGCUUGUCCUGUCUCUGUCUAUUCUCCCUGAACCCAAUCUCCUAGGAUCAGUAACUGCGAACGCUCACACCAGUUAGCACAGUUAACAGGUGUAGCCCUCAAACUGUCACUCACAAUUCUGCACAUCAUCGUCAGUAUUUGGCACCAGCUGGAUGAGUAGCUAUCAUCAGAAUCUGUGAGUUAAGUCACAACCCAGCAGUUGCCAUCUACAACUUGAUUUCAAACGUAAAAGGCAGGUAUAGUCAGUCACAGCAAAUAUUUCAGGGUUGGAGAAGAAACACUAGCAAUAUAAAAAACAAAACCAGGCUGAUGGGGCUGCACUAGUUUCUGUCUAGUAAUUAGCAAAACAUGGGCAUUUCCCACACUUCAACUAGUUGAAUUACAGGCAGAUGUCUUUCUACUGUACUAGGAUUUUUUUAUAACCAUUCUUUAAAGGUUAAAAAUCAUUUAUUCUAUAAAGAAAUACAGCACACAUGGCCACAGUCUAAGUAUGUCACUUGUGUCAUAUGGAAAUGGAAAUUUGUGUCACUUAAAACCUGCACUGUUAUUACAUUAUGGUAACUCACUGGUGCAGGACCGC